AGGGUAUUGUUUCCAUUCCAUUCCAUUUCGCAUUCUCAUUCUCUUUCUCGUUCAUUCAUUCAUUCGUUAGCGUCGUUUGUUGAAUCCAAUCCAAUCGAAGAAGAAGAAAAUGGGGAAAAACAUUGUUCCAGUGAAAUCUGUUGUGUAUGCUCUUUCUCCUUUCCAGCAGAAAAUCAUGUCCGGUUUAUGGAAGGAUUUACCUACCAAAAUUCAUCACAAGGUUUCUGAAAAUUGGAUCAGCGCUCUUCUUUUGAUUACUCCCGUCGUCGGAACCUACUCGUAUGCUAUGCACUAUGUGGAACAGGAGAAGCUGCACCACAGGUACUGAGCUCAUACGAGGAUCGAUUGGAUAAUCUACAAGUUUCCUGUCCUUAAUUUUGUUCAGCUAGUCAAUAAUGUGACAUUGGUCAAACUAGCUCUUGCUCUUUGGUUGAGAUAUGAGUCUUAGCUGUUUCUAUACUAUGAUGGUUUGAAUUGGUAGUUUUCUUCAUUUUAUAUGUUAUAAAAGAUAAUAUUUGUCCUGUCAAUAAUGUUGUGAUGAGUGUCAAAAUGAAAAUGAAUUGUUAUGUUUAA